CGGCGGCGGCGGCGGCGGCGGCGGCGCCGCUCCAGCCAUGUCAGCGCGCGCGAGCCUGGGCCCACCAUGAGCCAUGGCCAUGUCCGUAAGCGCCGAGGACGACGACUAUGAAUCGGAGCCGGACCAGAACCGGGCCGUAGGUCGGCCCAAGGGGAAGCUGGGCCCCACCUCCGCGGUGAAGUUGGCCGCCAACAGGACCACGGCGGGAGCUCGCCGGCGCCGGACGCGAUGCCGCAAGUGCGAGGCCUGCCUGCGGACGGAGUGCGGAGAGUGCCACUUCUGCAAGGACAUGAAGAAGUUCGGGGGCCCCGGGCGGAUGAAGCAGAGCUGCAUCAUGCGGCAGUGCAUCGCGGUGAGUGCCCCCAGGGGCGCCCCUCCCAGUGGCUGCGGUGCUUCUCCCCCCUGGAGUGGAGGCGGCAGCCCUUCCUUGCUCCAGGACGCGGGGCUCCUGAAUGCAGGCCCCAGCUGUGCCUCAGGCCGGUCUGUUCCUCUGCUUGUUGGUCUGUCCAGUCCCUCCGCUUGAAGAGAAUGUGGCCACAGCAGAAACCCCCGAGGGGUGCUCCCUCCUGGGAAGAAACGGGAGACUAAUGCUGUUUUCAGAUUCCACGCUGCAGGACUCUGGGGUCCUGCCAUGUGCUCAGGCUCCCUUUCCUUCAUAGUCUGCUGGUCUUAUAACUCCUUCCUUCCCUAGAUGACUGAGUACUUUGAAGUCUCUGCCAUUAAAGAUGUCAGGGCAGCCUGUCCUGUCUGUGACCCUGUUGCCAACAUUUAUGGUCCAGUUCAUGAUGGUUCUGGGCCCUCCCUUCCUUCCUGUCCUGCCUUCAAAGUCAGAGGUCUGGGUGGAAGGUCAGUGCCCCUCCUGAGGGGGCCCUCCCAGAGAAGGAGGACUGAUUUAUGGUGUCCAGGAGGAGCUGGGCCGCUGGAAAGUCUGGCCAUCCCCUCCAGGCCAUCUCGCCUGGCCUCUGGCCUUGCCCCAGGACAGGGCAGUGGGCUCAGGCUCUGGCAACUCAGCAAGGUCCCGGCUCUGCCCUGUAUCCCCCCUGCACACACUCAGGCAUUCUGCCUUCCUUAGGGCACUGCUCCAGGCCCUGGGGUCCUCCCUGAGGGAGCAGUGAUCUCUGUGCUCCCACAGGAAAGCAGGUUCAGCAGGAGGGACAGGAUCCUUGGCCCUGGGCAAGACCCUCACAGGCCCAGCCUGGCAUCAGGCGAGGCUUCCUCCCUGGCUCCUGAUGCCCCUCCAAGCCUGGGGCACCUUCCCCUUCUCCCUCCAACACAUACUGCUUGUGUUUUUCUGUUUUCUUUGUGUUUGUCUCUCUUUUUAAAAUUGUGGUCCAGAACUUAAACAAUUUACCAUCUUGACCAUUUUUAAGUGUACAGUUCAGUGAUAUUACCUAUAUGCUCCUUGUUGUGCAAACUGAUCUCUAGAACUUUUUCAUCUUGCCAAAUGGAAACUCUAUAUCCAUUGAACAGCAACUCCUCAUCCCCCCUCCCCGAGCCCCUGGCAACCACCUUUCUACUUUCUGUUUCUAAUUGUGACUACUUUGGACACCUCAUGUGUCCACCUCAUGUAAGUGGAUUCAGGCAGGAUGUCUCCCUCUGUGAGCUUAUUUCACUUAGCUUUAAUGUUCUCAGGGUUCAUCCACAUUGUAGCAUGUGUCAGGAUUUCCUUCUUUUUAAAGGCUGAAUAAUGUUCCGUUGUAUGGAUUUGCUGCAUUUUCUUUAUCUGUUUAUCUGCUCAUGGACAUUUAAGUUGCUUCCACCUCUUGGCUAUUGUGAAUAAUGCUGCAACAAACAUGGGUGUGCCAGUAUCACUUUGAGAUCCUGCUUUGGACUCUUUUGGAUAUAUUGCUAUAUCCAAAAGCAUAUUGCUAUCUAUCUAUCUAUAUCUCAAUCCAGAAGUAGAAGUGUUGGAUCAUAUGGUCAUUUUGUUUUUAAUUGAGUAAUCUCCAUACUGUUUCCCACAGUGGUUGCUCUAUUUCACAUUCCCACCAAUAGUGCACAAGGGUUUCAGUUUUUCCACAUCCUUGCCAACACUUGUUAUUUUUUUCUUUUUUGAUAGUGGCCAUCCUAAUGGGUGUGAGGUGAGACCUCACUGUGGUUUUGAUUUGCAUUUCUCUGAUGAUUAGUGAUGUUGAGCAUCUUUUCAUGGGAUUGUUGGUCAUUUGUAGGCCUUCUUUGUACAAAUGUCUGUUGAAGUCCUUUGCCUUUUUUAAUACUGGAUUGUUUGUAUUUUGUUGUUGAGUUAUAGGAGUUCUUCAUAUAUUCUGGAUAUUAACCCCUUAUCAGAUAACAUGGUUUGUAAAUAUUUUCUCUCAAUAUGUACGUUGCCUUUUCACUCUGUUGAUUGUUUCCUUUGCUGUGUAGACGUUUCGAAGUUUUGUUGCUUGUGUUUUUGUCACCUGUACCAGGUCAUUUGAAUGGAUUUCAGGGAGUUUGAGCGCCUCCUUGAAAUUAAAUACAGAUUUUUAUAUGUGUGCCUGUGUGUAUGUGCAUUUUUCUGGAGUGAGGGUCCAUGACUUAUUGCAUUCUGUCAUGGUUUAAGAGAAGUUGUCCAUAGGGACUCUGGGUUUUGAGAACAGUGUCAACUAAAACUUGGCAUGUUAGCAGUGCCCCAGGACUGUCUCUUCCUCUUAAUUUUUUUUUUUUAAUUAAUUUAUUUUUUUGGCUGUGUUGGGUCUUCGUUGCUGCGCGUGGGCUUUCUCUAGUUGCGGCGAGCGGGGGCUACUCUGUUGCAGUGGGUGGGUUUCUCAUUGCGUUGGCUUCUCUUGUUGCGGAGCACAGGCUCUAGAGCGCAGGCUCAGUAGUUGUGGCGCCCGAGCUUAGUUGCUCCACCGCAUGUGGGAUCUUCCCGGACCAGGGCUUGAACCCAUGUCGCCUGCAUUGGCAGGCAGAUUUUUAACCACUGCGCCACCAGGGAAGUCCCCGUCUCUUCCUCUUUAGCCAUACUUUCUCUUUCACCCUCACCUUCCCUCCAGUGACCCAGGUCCAGUUAUAGGAAGCUGUCUCUGCUCUCACCUGUUCUUUGCAGCCCUGGUGUCUGGCGUGUGUGUCUUCCUCUCCAACCUGGGACUGAUGGCAAAUGCAACCUUAGCCCGACCCUCACUCGAGGUCCUUGCUCUUCUUCCAAGCUUCGCACUCUGUUGGGGCACUUCCUGCCACGUUUUACGCACCUCUGACCCAGGCUGGCCCACCUCUACUCCUCUUCCAGGCCCUUUUCUCUGAUGAGUGAGUCUCUCCCUUCCCAUGGGGGAGGCUUGUUCCACGGACGCUCUCCCUCCCCACUGCCCAGCACCCUCUCCCGGUAGCCCUGGCCGGGGUCCCUCCUGCAGUAACUGCGGAGACCGGUUCUGUCUCUCCUCGCCUACUUCAGAGUCUGAAUGAAUGAUGACUCUUUUGCCUUCAGUGUUCUAUCCAUUUUACAGACUUUUCCAGUUAUUGGUGGAGUGUAUAUCCCAGCUUAUUUGAAGCUAUUCUAACUCGGUUUAAUGAAAAUUGGUUGUGUGUUUCCUCUGGAUCCCAAGUACUGGGAGGUGGACGUUUAUAAGGAGAGAGUGAGAGCCUGUCCGCAGGGGUUUAUAGUCUAGUACAUCAGCUCUCAAACUUUGUGGUCUUGAGACCCCUUUGCUCUCUUAAAAAUUAUGAAAACCCCAAAGAGCUUUCAUUUAUGUGGGUUAUUUAUUUAUUAAUAUUACUGUAAUAAAAAAUUUUAAAUGUUUUGAAUUCAUUUAAAAAUUACAAGAAACCCACUCCAUGUUAACAUAAAUAACAUUUUUAGGAGAAAUAACAUCUUCUGAAACAAAAAUGAUUAGUAGGAAAAAUAGCAUUGUUAUAUGUUUUUGUAAAUCUUUUUUAUGCCUGGUUCAGUAGAAAAGACCUAGAUUUUCAUAUAUGCUUCUAUAUUCAUUCUGUGAUGUUGUUUUGGAGGCACUGUAUGAGGGAAACCUGGCCUCAUAAAUAUGCGGUUGAAAAAGGGAGGAGUCUUUUUUGGUGGGUGGGUCUGCGCCGCUCAGCUUGUGACUGUGAAAGUGUGGAGUCUGAACUGCUGGACUGCCAGGGAAUUCCUGGGAGGAGUCUUUUAAUAGCCUUUUCAGAUAAUCGUGGAUAUACUUCUCAUCCGCCACCAGAGCUCAAUAGGUGGCAAGUGCUUAAAGGUUAGUUGCAAUGUGGAAUCUGAAACUGUAUCCGUGAACUUUUCCUGCUGUUACCUUAAAAUUCAUUAGUCCUUCUUGCCCCUCAUUUGCUCAUGCCUAAUGUUAUAACAUCAGAUAUUGGUCAUUUGGAAAACACUGGCUCACCGAGUUUUACAGAUUUUCCAAAUAGGGGUACAUAGUGUUAUACAGUGUUUUAAAAAGAAAACACAUUAGUUAACACCAGCACCAAUGUCCUCAGAAAAGUCUUUAAGUAUCGGGAAGCUGUCUAGUUCACGGGUGGCUAAUGUAAGUUUUCCAAAAUUCUAAUUUUUGUUUGAAAAUUCAAAUUUCAUCAUCUGCAACAAAUGUUUUAAGUUAUUUUUCUGAAAGUGACAGGCUUACUUAUUUCAUCUUUGAGAAGAUGUGCCAAUACCCCUUUUUAAAAAAAAAAAAAUAAUAAUCCGUCAUUCUUUCAAGUAAAAUGGUGUUCUAUGGAGAAAGUGACCAGUUCGGUUCACGGCUUGGUCACAAGAGCUUUUCCUUUAGAAAACCAUCAUCCUUUGGUACCCAGCUGAAGUAGUUGAUGCAUAUACUUCCUAUUUUUGUCAUGCAGAAUGUUAAAAGAAUGUGUACUCGGAGGUCAGAGUUUUAAUAAAAUUAAUAAUUCUUACUGCUUUAUCAAAGAUAUUCUUAAAUGAAACUGGAGAUCUUUUUAAGGAGCAUGUGGCCAGGAACGGCCCAGUGACUGCCUGGGCACAUUGGAGCCUCUGCCCUGACAGGUGCUAGCAGUUUCACCCACCAGUGCAAGUGUCAACACGGUGAAAAAGGCAGAUGAUGUCUUAGUGGUAUUCUGAAGAUAGUUUGACCUCCCUGUAAAGUCUUGAGGACCCGGCGUCCUUAGACUGUGCUUUGAUAGCCGCUGGAGAGAUGCGGCCUCAGCCCCUACAGAUCUGGCCUCGGUUCAUGCCCCACCUCCUCCUGCAGGUCUUUUCUCAUAGGUGAGGCUGUCCCUGACCUCUGCGUUUCAGAUUAGCCCUCC